AUGGAGGAAAGCCACUACACGAUUCUGAGCCUGGAUUCCCCCACUCGGCUGAUGGGCUCCUCGGUCAAUCGGCAUCAGCAGUUCUGGCGAAACUAUCACCUAGUCGACUGGGGCCGGUUCCAGAGGUGCGUGGACAACAACGUCGACUACGAGGCGCAGCCGGCAACGCCUGAAGCAAUCGCUCGGCAGCUGCGUUCCAUCGAGGAGGCGAUCUCGGUUGCCCGAGAGCAACAUGUACCGACGACUCGCCAGUUGGAGCGUGAGUUCGACCGUUUUGGUGCCAUCAAAAAGAUCGAAUAUAACAAAGGGGACACCCAGGCCUACAUUCUGUACGAUUCUAUUGAUGCUGCUACGGCUGCUGUGAAGGAAAUGCGUGGAUUCCCGUUAGGGGCACCGGAUCGUCGUAUUCGUAUCGAUUUUGCUAAUAACGGAACAACACCAUCGUUCUCAAAGUGCAGUGGAGGUUUUGAGGAAGGCGGUGAGUAUCGUCGCGGCCCCGACUACGAAUAUCCGGAAGGCGGUGCAUCACACGAGGAAAAUUCAUCGUACGGCUAUGGUGGAAGACCGUUCCGCGGCCGUGGAGGAUUCCGCGGACAUGGUGGUUUCCGUGGCGGUUUUCAUCGUGAUGGCCCACCGCACCACGGGGACAAUGAUGAACGGCGUCGAUCAGGAGCCGAUGGCAAAUAUGAUUCACGCCGUCGUUCUGGAUCCCCGUUCACCGAGGCGACGCAGUCCGGCUGA